AUGUUACCCCUAUUUAUGCUAACAAGCGUCAAAAGCCAGGAAAUUCUCGUAGAGUUGAAGAAUGGCGAAUCCGUUGUUGGCAAAUUGACCGACUGCGACUCGUGGAUGAACUUGACCCUUUCCGAGGCCGUUGUUACGUACAACAAAGGUGAGAAGUUCAACAAGCUUGAACAGAUCUACAUCAGAGGAAGUCACAUCAAGUUUCUCCGGUUGCCAGAGCUGGUAAUGGACCACGCCAAGGAGCAGAGCAUGUUGAACCAGGAACAAAGGAACAGAAACCAAAAGAGGAAGGGGGGACAGCAACACAGAAAAUUCAACGAUAACCGUGAUGGUCGUGGUAACUAUGGCAAUCGUGGAGGUCAGGGAAGACGCACCUACCAAGGCCAGCACCAACACCAAGCCAACGCCUAA